AUGGCUUUGAAUUCAUUAUGCAGCACUUACCAAUCUGCAGAUAUUACUUCCGCAAAAGCCUUUCCAACCUUUUUCAGAUGGUGUGCGAGAUUCGAAGCUGGUGAUAUUGACAGUUAUUGCCGCAAGCUGACCUCUUAUAAAUUGCAAAUAUUGUUAAUCCUUAAAAUACGUCAAAAUUUAAGCUUAGUUAUAAUAGGAGAAACUGCUUGUGGGAAAUCAACUCAAAUUCCUCAAUAUAUAUAUGAUGCAAAAAUUAAUUUAGACAAAUUAAUUGGUUGCACACAACCAAGAAGAGUUGCCACAACUUCAAUUGCAACAUGGGUUGCACAAAUGAAAGAAAUAUCAGUUGGUAACCUUGUAGGUUACAGUGUGCGUUUUGAAGAUGCAACCUCUGACCAAACCAAGAUAAAAUAUAUGACUGAUGGUAUUUUGUUAAGGGAAGCCCUCAAGGAUCCUCUUUUGUCCACCUAUUCAGUUAUUAUCAUUGACGAGGUUCAUGAAAGGAGUCUUAGGACUGAUAUACUUCUUAGCAUAGUCAAAAGUGCUCAAUUUGUGAGGAAUUCACCAAUGAAAAAUCAAAACGAGGCCAAUCUAUCACUACUGAGAGUCAUAGUCAUGUCCGCGACUAUGGAUGUCGACAAAUUUUCGAAGUUUUUUAACGAUUGCCCUGUCAUUUAUAUCGAAGGCCAAAGGUUACACCCAAUAAAACUAUACUAUCCUUCAAAUCACGGUGGUGAUAAUCAUAAUAGUAAUAUCAGGAGAGCAGGAAACCCUUUCAAUGAAGGCGAUUAUGUACGCAAUGCACUUGUCACCUUGUUUCAAAUUCAUGAAGCACAAGCACCAGGUGAUAUACUGAUAUUCAUGCCGGGCAAAGAAGAAAUCGAAACUUUUAUCCGGCAAGCCAAAAAAAUUAUCAAAGAAGAGACGGAGAGAAAGGAUUGUGUUAUACCCUAUUCAUAUCAAGUUCAAUUGUCUACUUCGCUAAGGUUUUUUCCUUUUUACGCUGGUUUACCUAAAGAAUACCAAAACAAAAUAUUCGAUGCUAAUGAAAAUGACUAUAAUGAAAAUGUAGCUAUUAUAUCUUCCCAAAAGGGCCAAAAAUGUAGAAUACCGAGAAGGAAAGUUAUUGUUGCAACAAAUGUAGCCGAGACAUCAAUAACAAUUCCCGGAAUUCGUUUUGUUAUCGAUACUGGAAAGUUUAAGACCAAAAAAUUGAUUGAUUUAUCAACUAAAGAUUAUAGCGAAGGGAUCAACAAUCAAAACGGGGAAAGUACUUCCACCCACGAUACCAGAUUCUUGAGGGAAUGCUUGACGACCGAUUGGAUAAGCCAGGACCAAGCCUGGCAAAGGACUGGUAGGGCCGGUAGAGAUCCUUAUAUAUCUCAAUACUCAACAACAAACGGGUGCAAUAGUGGAGAUGACAGUUGCAAUUGUUACCGAUUAUAUUUCGAAAAUAACCCCGUAACAUCCAAACGGCAACACCUUAUACCAGAAUUGACGAGGUGUGAUCUUACUUCCAUUUUGCCCGCCAUUUUGCAUAUCUCAUCUCAGAUACACGAUUCAAGGUUUGCCGUAAAUAGUUUGCAGCUAAUAGACGAUCCGCCUUUUAAACACAUCCUACACGCCCUGGACAAAUUAUCCGAUCUAGGUAUCUUGCGAUUGAAAACGAUCGACAAAGAUUGUAUCAGUGGGGAAUCUAAGUUGAGCCGCGUUUUUUGCAAGGCCUACCAGGAAACGAUUGAAAGUGCACUCUCUAAUCAACAACAAAAUGCAACUCAUAGCGCUUUAGCCUUGGCCUGUUCUCCGUCCCUUUUCGUUUUAACGCCCCUGGGCCUACAAUGCAAUCUUUUACCGUUAGAUCCAGUCCUAUCUAAAAUACUUUUGAAAUCCCCUUCGGGGCAAUGUUCCGACGAAAUAAUUAGCCUUGUAUCUAUUUUAAGCGCAAUGACCGAAAGUGGUAACAUCGCCAUUUCUCGCUCCUCUUUUAAUACCUUUGAAUCUAAUAGUUCACACAAAGCCUCGAGACAUUUUAAAUUUUCUAACGAUUUUCAGAGCGAUCAUUUAAAUUUGCUAAGAACGUACCAGGCUUACAAAAGCAAUUGCGGGAACAAAAAAUGGUGUUUGAUCAAUAAAUUGAAUCGAAAAGUAUUGUUAUUAGCUUUCAAAAUUGACAAACAACUUAGACGUAUAGCCAAGGGGUUGAAUAUGCCAAUUAUAUCAUGUGGACAAGAUACUUGGAAAAUUAGAAAAACACUGUUAGAAGGUUUAUUCAACGAUUGCGCUUUUUUGCACAAAGGAACUCACAAAUAUGAACUUCUAAGCCUUCACGACAACUCUUGGACACAAAAAUUGACCCUUUUAAAUCAAAAUAUAGUUCUCCCUGCUUGUUCGAAUAACUCAAAUCCGAUUCUUUAUAUACAUCCAACCUCUGCUCUCUUUAUUUCCAAACCUAGAUUAAUAGUUUUUUCGGAUUUGUUAGUGACUAAUAAACCUUACAUGAAGAUAAUCAGCGCUAUAGAACCCGAAUGGUUAAAAGAAAUUUCUGAAAAAUCAUAAUACUUAUAAUAAGGACCAAAAAUAUUAAAUUUACUGAUUAUUUAUAUUUUAAAUAU